AUGGGACUAGAGCGGCUCUUCGAAGCCUAUAUUCUUAUUGGGCUUGUAGCCGUAGCUACCGGCGUCUAUAUUAUCUAUCAAUGCUUCUUUUCGCCCCUUGCUAGAAUCCCGGGGCCGUUCAUUGCCAAAGUUAGUCCUACAUAUUAUGCCUACAUCGCGAAAAGAGGACGUAUCCAUCGUGACCUACAUGAUUUACACAAGAAAUAUGGGAGGGUUGUUCGAAUUGCACCCGAUGUAUUGAGCGUCAUAGAUCCCGUAGCCUUUCGAGAAAUAUAUAAGGCAGGUAACAGGUUCUAUAAAGCCGAAUCUUACUCUGUGCUUCAAGGCUCGCGACCAUUUGACCUUGCUGGUCAAAGGAACGAGAAGAUCCAUUCGGAGCAGCGUAAACUAGUAGCGCGAGCUUACUCUAUGGAUUCUAUAGCCUAUCUUGAACCUCAAGUAGACACGGUUUUGAAGACGUUGGUUGAUCAGUUAAGGGAAAGCCGCGUUCAACCAAUCAACUUGGGAUAUUGGAUGCAAUUAUUUGCUUUUGAUGUUAUUGGAGCUAUCAGCUUCUCGAAGCCGUUCGGAUACGUCGCGAGUGGCGAUGACGAAGGGAUCUUCCGUCGACUUCAAAGGGCUUUCGAAUCUAUCGGCUGGGUUAAACACGCUCCUACCUUUUUUCGAUUACACCAAAAGUUAAUGCCCUACAUCGGGAAUUGGUUGGCCAGCAAUGACCGGAAUACCUACUUUUUCGAGCUCGCCUCUCGCGAAAUCAAGGCUCGAACAAACCGCGACGGGGAUUUUAAGGACAUUGUGAACCAGCUCUUCUCAGUGCAGAAGGCGAAACCAGAGCUUAAUGAUACUAAUAUUGCCUUCAUGAUGACCUCUAACGUCUUUGCCGGAUCCGACACUACGUCGACCUCAUUACGAGCGAUCUUCUACUUACUGUUGAAGCACCCGGAGACCUAUAACCGCCUUAGAGAGGAGGUAGAAAGUAAGAAACAAGCGGGAGAGUUAAGCUUCCCUGUUACUUUCAAAGAAGCCGAAACUUGUUCAUAUCUCCAAGCCGUCAUGUACGAAGCAUUACGUUUAUAUCCAGCAACUGCUGACAUUCUCGAUCGGAAUGUGCCGGAGGGCGGUAUGACGAUUGAUGGACACUAUGUUCCAGCCGGAACUGUGGUUGGGACCAGCUCGUGGGUCCUUCACCGUUCACAAGAAAUUUGGGGCUCCGACGCAGAAGAGUUUCGCCCGGAGAGAUGGUUGGAUAAGGAGAACGAAGGCACACUGAGACGGUUUUUCUUCUCGUUUGGCGGUGGUUCUCGAACCUGUAUUGGAAGACAUAUCAGCUGGCUUGAAAUCAGCAAGCUUGUCCCGACUCUCCUUUUGUGCUUCGAUAUAAAGCUAGCCGACAACGCAGAGAUAAAGGAGAACCACGGUGGUCUUCUGUUCCUUGAUGGAUUAAUGGUUCACAUUGCAUCACGGGAAGUAUGA